AGUGUGCGGGGCGGGGCGGACUCUGCCUUGCUGCGGUCGUCCGCGCGUCCGCUCGCUGCGGCACAGCGCCACGACCAUGUACUGGCGACGCGCGGCCCUGGCGGGGACGUGGUUCGUCCGGGGCGGGAGCAGCUCGGCCGGCCGGCUCGGCGGUACAGCGGGAACUUCGGCAUCUGGGAUGGGGAACAGCGCAUCAUCUUCUUUGGGAGAUGCGGCAAUGGCUCCCGUGACUCAGAUCCAAGAAACCAUUUCUGAUAACUGUGUGGUGAUUUUCUCGAAAACAUCGUGUUCUUACUGUACCAUGGCAAAGAAACUUUUCCAUGACAUGAAUGUUCACUACAAAGUGGUGGAGCUGGACAUGCUUGAAUACGGAAGCCAGUUUCAGGAUGCUCUGUACAGAAUGACCGGGGAAAGAACGGUGCCAAGAAUAUUUGUCAAUGGAACUUUUAUUGGAGGGGCAACUGACACCCACAGGCUUCACAAAGAAGGAAAAUUGCUUCCGCUAGUUCACCAGUGUUAUUUAAAAGAAAAGAAGAGGGAAGAAUUUUAGUGAUGGAGGUGCCCCUAACUUUGCUCGUGAACUCUCAGCUAUUUAAAGUGAUAACGCCUUUUAAAUACUCGAGGGUGUUUCACGUAUUAUCUUCAUGAAAAAGCGGGAAAAAUAACAAACAAUAAAUCAUUGUGGAAAUUUCAUCUUCCUGCUUGCCACUUCUUCAGCAAAAAGGGAUGGCAUUUAAAACUGAAAGAGUGGAGCUGUAUCAAAAGAUCGGGAAAUUUGAAACUUUAUGCUGUACACCAGAAAUGGACACAUUGUAAACUGACUAUAUUCAAUUAAAAAAAAAAAAAAGAUCAGGAAAGAAUGUAUUUUAUUAGGAAUGUCUGUAUGAAUUUUUCAGCCAAGAGCUAGAAGGUAAGCAUUUGGGAUUCUUUAUUCUGUGUAGUAUUUAGAAGGUGUUAACGCCUUGCCUCUUAAGAGCUUUUAGUGGUGAGCUCUGGUGUGUGAGUUCUCUUUGAAGUGUAAGGCUCUGAUACAGUUGUGAACUUGGUGGGGAUAUCCUUGUACUAUAUUGUGAUGAGCCGUCACACUUGUGCCUCUAGAGUAAGAGAAGUAAAUUUGUGGGCUGGAGUGAAAUUGGUUUCAGAGAAAUCAGAUUAUUCAUUUAAUGAUUUAGUAGAGAACAAAACUGUACCUCUGGGCGAAAAUUAAAAGGAGGAAGAUUUCAGCAUUGUGAGGAUGAACUUCUGAAACAGUCCAGAACCAUGCUUGAGUGUGACGUGGAGAGUUCUGCUUUUCCUAUCAACAAGAAUUUAAGUGCCUAAGGAGCUUUUUUCUGGCUGAGUCCACAGAGUCACAUGGGGCAGAUGCUGGGAAGUGAAAACUCUUACUUGGAGGUGGGAGGAAAAUGGAUUUUAAGAGAAGUGGCGUGCUUCUGCUUUCUGGUCAAGAUGGACCAGGGAAUCUGGGGUAGACCUGCGGAAGACAGCUGGUGGCUUAUUUUUUUGCCAUUUGCCAUCAAUUAUGUUUCCUAAAUAUUCUAUUAAAUUGUCAUUAGACCUUGAUAAAGCAAGAA